UUCAGUUGCUGCACUGUUUAAUGGCGGCGGCGGGUUCGAAUUUCAUGUUGGGGCAAAGGGAUUUUAAUACUACUUCUUUUAUAAGGCAUUACUCCGAUCUUUCUUCUAAGCCAUCAGCAAUUGAUUUCAGUAGAGGGAGGAUUUUCUGCUCCUCUAAGAUUGAGAAGAAUUGUAAUGAUUUGAAGAGUGAUCGUGUUGCAAUUAGGGGGAAUUCGACCGGAGCAGCUCUGCUCCAUCCUUCACCGGAGAAAUUCAUGAUUGCCGUUGAUGUUGAUGAGGUUCUAGGGAACUUUGUAUCAACUCUUAAUCGAUUCAUAGGAGAUCGCUACGCCCUAAACCUCCCGCUUUCUGAUUACCACGUCCACGAGUACUUCAAGAUAUGGAACUGUUCUCGCAAUGAAGCUGAUCAUCGAGUACAUGAGUUCUUCAAGACACCUUACUUCAAGACAGAGAUAAAUCCAAUUCCAGGAGCCCACGAAGCACUUGAAAAGCUAUCUAAAAUCUAUAACUUGUCCGUUGUCACGUCUCGACAGAAUGUUAUCAAGGACCACACAAUCGAAUGGAUCGAGAAACAUUACCCCGGUAUCUUCCAAGAAAUCCAUUUCGGGAACCACUUUGCUUUAGAUGGCAAAUCAAGACCUAAAUCCGACAUUUGCAAGUCGUUGGGAGCAAAGGUGUUGAUUGAUGAUAACCCGAGCUACGCGAUAGACUGUGCAGCAGCGGGGAUUAAGGUUCUCCUUUUCGAUUACGAGAACUCAUAUCCAUGGUGCAAAACAGAGCAUGCUGCUCAUCAACACACUCUUGUAACCAAGGUCCACAGCUGGGAAGAAGUGGAGCAACAAUUAUCUUCAUUGCUUGUUUCUUAGUCAUAUUUAUUUACAAAAAUCAACAAUUUUUUAUUGUGAUUCCAGGGAAAUUGUACAUGUGCAAAAAAGGAACUGUGUAGAUGUUUAUCUUUUAUUAUUUCAUUUAAUAUAAUCUGCAUUUCUGCAAUUAUUCAAA